AUGCCAUUAUUCCAUUCUAAAAGGAAACAUUCGUACAUUCAAAACAACGGCGAGCUUUCCACGGCGUCGUUCGGUACUAUUAAAAUUGAAUGUUCGGGUGCUUACAUUGCAAACGACCAUCUUCUUCUGGUGAAUAAAGAACGGACGGAUAUCAGUGCAUCUUCCUCGAGUACCAACUCAUCUCGAAGCUCACUGGAUACAGAAGAAUCCGAAGAGAGUCCAGCAUCAACAAAUGGUACAUCUCAAUCAUUACAAGAGUCCAAUCGUCAUGAAUACAUCCAAGCCAAUGGCUCAGCUACAACGUUAGUACUGAAUGGCAAACAACAACAACAACAAUUACUGCCUGUCCCUAUAGAUACAACCAUAGAUCAAAAUCUUACUAAAAGAAUCACGUUACCACAACAUUCAACGGAAAUCAUACACAUUUCAGUGGACAUUGGUGGUACAUUAACCAAGCUAGUUUAUUUCACUCGCAAUAGCUACAAACAGAGAGGAGGUAAACUCCAUUUCCGAGAUUUCCAAACAGAAAACUUCACUCUGGAAGUACUUGAUUUCAUCAUAGCAUUGGUUAAAAAAUCAUGUAAUCCUACAGAAUCCAAUGGGAACCAGCCUCCAAUUACUCAUAUAAUGGCUACUGGUGGUGGAGCGCAUAAGUUUUAUCAAUUUAUGAAGAGCACAUUUGAAAAACGUAAGCUACCCAUAAAAAUCGUUCCUACGGAUGAAAUGGAGUGUUUGAUCAAAGGUUUAGAUUGGCUAAUCACCAAAAUCCCCAAUGAAAUCUUUACAUAUGACCUUAAAUUGGAUAAGACCAUGUUUGUUGAUGAUGAUGCCAUUACUCAAGACAACAUAUACCCCUAUCUCUUGGUUAAUAUAGGUAGUGGUGUAUCUAUGAUUAAGGUUACUGGACCAGGUAAAUUUGAACGGAUUGGUGGAUCUUCAUUAGGUGGGGGCACAUUAUGGGGGUUACUUUCACUUUUAACUGAUGCCAAAGAUUACAAUGAGAUGCUAGAGAUGGCUUCUAAAGGUAACAACGAAAAUGUUGAUCUUUUGGUGGGGGACAUUUAUGGAACAUCUUAUAAUAAAAUUGGGUUAAAAGCUUCUCAUAUUGCCAGUUCCUUUGCCAAAGUAUUCAAGAAACUCAGGUUUAACACAGAUUAUUCCAAACUUACACCUCAAGAUAAGCUUGCCAUGUUCAAACAACAAGACAUUGCAGUUUCACUUUUAUAUCUGAUUCUGAAUAAUAUUGGACAAAUUUCAUAUCUUCAAGCUCUUAGAUUUGGACUUAAAAGAAUCUAUUUUGGUGGCAGUUAUAUCAGUGGCCAUAUGCAAACCAUACAUACACUUAGCUAUGCUGUUAAUUUCUGGUCCAAUGGAGAUAUGCAAAGUUAUUUUCUUCGUCAUGAAGGUUAUUUAGGGUCUGUGGGAGCAUUUAUGAUGGGACCAGAUACAAAGAGUCUGCCACCCACACGUUCUGGAACGCCAUGA